CUCUCUGGAAUUGUUGUCCAGUAUCAGGGGAGCCCUGUGGCACUCCUUAUCGCCAAGGGGAGGAUGCUGUGUGUGCAGCCGAAGGCGGCGAAACGGGGAACAAAAGGGGCUCUUGACUGUCAAGUUAGUAAUGGUGUAAAGCAGUGUUACCUAAUUAACCCUUCCCCGGCUGUCUGCAUCUAAAGCAACCUCGUGCGUUGUGCAUGCCAACGAGCAACGGGUGCAUUUUGUAGAGCUGAUAGAAAUGUGCGAUGAUAGCUUGACUCCCCAGUGACAUGAAGUCUCUGUCUUCUCUGUUUUUUGCUUGAUCAUACCAGCAGUGCAUUUCCCAUCAGAAUCACGGGCCUGAAAAAGUAAGCUUGAACUAGGCAGAAUUGAGAUCACUUAGUAAACUAAACCGGCUACACUUCUGCAAAGUGUCUUUAGCAGUGGUUUUGAAAAAAUAGAGCAAAAUGCUAAAAGACUGUCGUCAGAUGGAUGUUUCUAAACAGUUAAGUGUAUCUUUUCUCUUGUCAGUAGAUGAAAAUCGACUGUAAAGACAUAACAUUUUUAUUUGACUAUAUAGGGCCUGCCUUUCUAUACCAACCUCCUCAUGUUUAGACUUCUGGCAGAUUUCAUCAGAUACCAGCAUCGGCUGAAAUAAUAAAAGAGUAGUAUCAAAUUGCAGUUGGCAAUGUGUAAAUAGUCUAGAAUUGAUAAUUUGAAUGCAGGAAAUUGAAUUGAAAAACAAUUGCCCUGGAAGUGAACUCUGAAACCCUGGCUUAGGACAAAGUUUUAUUGCCGUGUGUCGUUACUUUCUCUUUCACCUUUACUAUACUCUUUUUUCUUUAUAUAUAUAUAUUUUGUAUUAUACUCCACCCUCUUAACCUAUGUCUGUCAUAUUUGACAGGUUUAGAUUAGGAACAAAUUUUAAAUCACAAUUAAAAAGUGCAUCAUAAGUGUAUGUUGUGUUCAGAUAUGAUGGUAUAGACAGAAACUUAGUAGAGGGACAGGUUAAGAGCCAGGCUGAAUAUAAGUAAUUAUUAGUUUGAUUGUGUAGAUAAUUCAGACAGUAAUUUCAUGGGAUAGCUGGUGCUCUGGAUUUUUCUGCUAUUUUUCUGGUAUUGGACUAAUGGGACUGCUUGAGAUGGUUCUACAGUUGGCUAGACGUGACUCUUGAGGCUGUUGCAGGACAAGAGGACAGAGGUGUGGUAUGUUUAUCCGUGUAGACAGAGCUUCUGAGAACUUCAACAUGAGAGCCAUAUCGGCAGUAGAAAAGCUUUGUGAGUACCAAGUAGAUAUGUGUAACACGCCGACUUACUGUGACCUAGGAAAGGCUGCGAAGGAUGUCUUCAAUAAAGGAUAUGGAUUUGGCAUGGUCAAAAUAGAUCUGAAAACCAAGUCCUGUAGUGGAGUGAUGGAAUUUUCCACUUCUGGUCAUGCCUACACUGAUACAGGGAAAGCAUCAGGCAACCUAGAGACCAAAUAUAAGAUCUGUAACUAUGGACUUACCUUCACCCAGAAAUGGAAUACAGACAAUACUCUUGGAACAGAAAUCUCUUUGGAGAAUAAGUUGGCUGAAGGGUUGAAACUGACUCUUGAUACCAUAUUUGUACCGAACACAGGAAAGAAGAGUGGAAAAUUGAAGGCCUCGUAUAAACGGGAUUGUUUCAGUCUUGGCAGUAACGUUGAUAUUGAUUUUUCUGGACCAACCAUCUAUGGCUGGGCUGUGUUAGCUUUUGAAGGCUGGCUUGCUGGCUAUCAGAUGAGUUUUGACACAGCCAAAUCCAAACUAUCACAGAACAAUUUCGCCCUGGGUUACAAGGCUGCGGACUUCCAGCUGCACACUCACGUGAAUGAUGGCACCGAAUUUGGAGGGUCUAUCUACCAGAAGGUUAACGAGAAGAUAGAAACGUCAAUAAACCUUGCUUGGACGGCCGGCAGUAACAACACCCGUUUUGGCAUUGCUGCUAAAUAUAAGCUGGACUGUAGAACUUCUCUGUCUGCUAAAGUAAAUAAUGCCAGCCUGAUUGGACUGGGUUAUACUCAGACCCUUCGACCGGGCGUCAAACUGACCCUGUCAGCUUUAAUCGAUGGAAAGAACUUCAAUGCAGGAGGUCACAAGGUUGGGUUAGGAUUUGAGCUAGAAGCUUAACGUGGUUUUGAGUAAAGCAUCCGAUUUGUCCCUGGAGGUGAAGAGAACCCACUAUGUUUUGGCCUUAAAAUUCUUCUGUGAAAUUUCAAAAGUGUAAACUUUUUAUUCUUCCAAAGAAUUGUAAUCCUCCCCAUGCUGAAGUCUAGAGAUCGCAAGUCCAUCCGAAGGGAGGUACUUGAAGGCAUGCCUGGAAGUUGUCAUGUUUGUGCCACAUUUCAGUUGAGUUCCGCAGUGUUAUUUUUAAUGUGUUCCUCAGCGACAGUGUAGUGUCAUGUUACAAAGGAAAUGACCCGGUCCUCCAGUACAUCACGUCCUGCAUGUCCCACGCCACUUUUUCAUGACCUUUUAAUAUAUUGGUCUCUGUGCUGUAGUGGAAUCUUUGGUUUUGCAUCAGAGUAAAAUAAAAUAAACCCAUCACAUUUGGAACAUAAUCGGU